AUGUCAUUGCCUGAAUACUUGCCCACUGCUCAAGAGACCACUAGCUCAUUAAAAGAGCUCUUCCGCAAUGUCAACAAAUUGGUUGACGAUUUCGUGAACAGUGAUGACAACAGCCGCAGGCUUUCAGAAGACAAGGUUCGCCGAUUCGUCUGUGGCAACUUGUUCAUUGACAGGCUGGACGAAUUCCAUGGCAAGAGAGAGAUGUUGAAAGGCUGUCCAGCCACUGAAUGGUCGGUAUUUAUGGCAGAGAUGGCUGCCAAAAACAAGCUUAGGCCUAAGGAGGAGAGACUGUCCUUUGGCGAGCUGUCCGCACUGACUUCAGCCGAGUACCGCGUGCUUAGAGAGAAUGAAAGAAGGCGAUUGGAGUCAGUUGCAGUCGCCACAAACAAUGCUGAAAUUCCUUCUUUACUUGCUAGAAGCGAGCAAUUUGAAGAUGAUAUAAAGAAAAUGAACAACAAUCUGAAGUAUUUGAUGACCAACUACAACACCCAUGCUUUUUUGAUAACGUACACUGAUACUUUGCAUGAGGAAUUGUAUCCUCCAGGCUUGUAUAGAAAUACAGCUAUGACAACGAAAUGCGUCAAUACUGUCAAUGCUAAACUUUCAAUAUUUUCAAUCGUAAGCUGUUUGAGAAGAAUGGUGUUGGGCAACUCUGUAGUGCGUUUUACUGAAGCUGAGGCCGAUGAGGCUGAGGUGACUCCUCUUGUUGAAUCUGAUGUGGAUGUUGAUGCUGUCAAUGUCGCUUUUAUUGACGUUGCUGGUAAUGACAUUGGUACUGAUACUGACCCGAGCGAUGAGAAGGAGGAUGAUCAAAAUGCUGAGGCUGAUUCCGAAGGCGUCUUCAGCAGUUAUGAUCAGAGUGACAAUGGAGACGACAAUGAUCGUAGUUAUUGUAGUGGUGACGAUGAUGAAGAUGAAGAGGACAUCAACAGCGCCUCCAGAGUGCCAGAUUGCGCUCCCAACUCUAAGCAAUUGUCGAUCCCAGCAAAGCUACGCGGCCCAUCUGCUCACUCUGCUGCUAUCACCUCCCAUGCCACUGGUCAUGAGCCAGUAAGAAAGCGAACCAAGACGGAUAUGAAGAAAAGCUUGCAGAUUGCAGUCUCUGCAGCCUUCAAUGAAGUUAGCAGAAGACAAUACAAAUGUGUUCCUUGGCUGUCUUUGUUCAAUGACGCGAAGAUGCGUAGUUUGGGCGUGAAGAUAGUUGGAUGGCCCACUGGUAUUGUUCCUCCUGUUCGUGACGGGAAGGCGCCCUUCGAUGUCUAUGACGGCGAUAAUUCAAUGGAUACAUUGCUUCAGGGCUUUGAGGACACAACCAUCUACUUUGAAAAGCUGAGAGCUGAUGAUGAUGACAGUGAUGAAGAUAAGAGCAACGAUCAAGGGGAUGAAGAUGAUAAUUGA